AUGCCCUCGCGGUCAAGGGUGAAAGAUGAUACCGGGGUCACGUGGUCUGGAUACGAACUUGGAUGCGGUGUAGUCAAAACUCGUGAAUCUUCUGCGGAUUUGUUGAUUAUUGUCGUUGGUGAGGAUGAUGGCAACGAUGAAAUCGAUAAUGGCGUAGCAGAUAAUGAUAAUGACAGUGACGAGGACAUUAAUGAUGUUGAUGACAACGAGAUUGGCGAUGUUAAAGUUGCUGUUGAUGGCGGCGAUAAUUUUGAUAAUGACCUUGCGACCAACAUGGGCGAUGAUGGCAAUAAUGAUGAGGUUGACGAUGAUAAUGAUGCAAGCAAUGAUAUUGAAUAUGUUGCGACUGUUGGUGAUGAUUUUGUGGUCCUUGUUGAUGGCGAUGACGUUGUGAUUGCUGAUGAUGACGAUGUUCUAACCGUUGUUGAUGGUGAUGAUGUUGUGAUCGAUGACAAUGACGACGAUUUUAAGAUUGUUGAUAAUGAAAAUGUUAUGAUUGUUUGUGGUGAUGAUGUUAUGAUUGUUGGUGAUAACGAUGAUACUGUGAUUGUUGAUAAUGAAGAUGUUUUGAUUGUUGGCGGUGUUGAAAUUGGUGACGGUGGCGAUGAUGUAAUUUUUGAUGAUGACCAUGAUGUUGCGAUUGUUGUUGAUGGUGAUGCUGUUAUAAUUGUUGAUGGUGACAUGGAUGUUGUGAUAGUUGUUGAUGGUGUCAUGAUUGUUGUUGUUGUUGUUGAUGAUAAUGACGAUGUUGUGAUUGUUGAUAAUGAAGAUGUUGUGAUUGUUUGUGGUGUUGAUGGUGACGAUGAUGUUGUGAUUGAUGAUGAUGGUGAUGUUGAUGGUCUUGUGAUUGCUGUUGAUGGUGAUGGUGUUGUUAUUGUUGAUAAUGAAGAUGUUGUGAUUGCUGUUGAUGGUGUUGUGAUUGUUGAUAAUGGUGAUGAUGUUGGGACUGUUGUUGAUAAUGAAGAUAUUGUAAUUUCUGUUGACGGUGUUGUGAUUGUUGAUAAUGGUGACGAUGCUGUGAUUGUCGAUAAUGGUGAUGAUGUAUUGAUUGUUGAUGAUAAUGAUGAUGUAUUGAUUGUUGAUGAUAAUGAUGGUGUUGUGAUUGUUGAUAAUGAAGAUGUUGUGAUUUCUGUUGACGGUGUUGUGAUUGCUAAUAAUCGUGACGAUGUUGUGAUUGUUGAUGAUAAGGAUGAUAUUGUUAUUGUUGAUAAUGAAAAUGUUGUGAUUGCUGUUGAUGGUGUUAUGAUUGUUGAUAGUGGUGAUGAUGUUGAGAUUGUUGAUAACGAUGAUGUUGUGACUGCUGUUGAUGGUGUUGUGAUUGUUGAUAAUGGUGAUGAUGUUGUGAUUGUUAAUAAGAAUGACGAUGUUGAGAUUGUUGAUAAUGAUGAUGUUGUGAUUGUGAUUGCUGUUGAUGAUGUUGAGAUUGUUGAUAAUGAAGAUGUUGUGAUUGUUUGUGGUGUUGAUGGUGACGAUGAUGUUGUGAUUGAUGAUGAUGGUGAUGUUGAUGGUCUUGUGAUUGUUGUUGAUGAUUGUUGA